UGAUAGAUACACUUUUUACUUUUCAACAUACAUAAUCAAUACCUUAGAUAUGAACAUAACACAUGUGUAUGCAUUGGCUUGUAUGAAUUCGAUCUUGAAUUGUGGUACCUAUACAAUUUAGAAUCUCUAAUAGGUAUCAUUCAGAAAUGAAUAAAAGUCGCGUUAAAAUAUUUCCUGGCAGCUGUAUAUGCGCUGAUACAAUGUUAAUGGGUGAUAUAACUUUCGGAAAUAACUGUGUUGUUCAUCCGUAUGUACAAAUUCUGGCUGUUGCAGGACCUAUUAUAAUAGGGGAUAACUGCAUGUUAGAAGAACGUGUGCAAAUAAUUUAUAGAUCACCUCCUGGAACAGCAUCAACAAAACAAAAAGGACCUCCACUUGUUAUUGGCUCAAAUAAUAUUUUUGAGGUGGCAUCUCGUGUAGAGGCAAGAAGAGUAGGUAGCAAUAAUACCUUUGAAACGAAAUCUUUGAUCGGACCAAAAGUUAUAGUUAGUGAUGGUUGUACCAUAGGAGCAGGUUGUAGAAUCAGUACAGAAAUUGUAAUUGGCAAAAAUAUAGUAGUUUAUGGGGAGGAGUGCACCAUGAGAAGAGCUUUACGUCAGCCUUCACCUCGUCUGAAUCUCCUGGAUGCAGCCCAACAGAUACUUUAUAAGAAUCAUAGGAUUCUGAAAACAACCCAUCGUCAUCAGUCUUCCAAUUGAUUAUGUUUGGGAGAAUUCAAGAAAGAUGAUCGAUUACACAUAUUUCAAAAAAUAAAAAAGUGUUAUCAUUUAUGUCGAUCCAAUUUGAAUCAUUUGAUGAUUAAUAAUUAAAUUAUUAUUUAAUCUCUUUAUUGAA